UCCUCGGGGCUCUUUAACUCCAGAGGAGGCUCCGGCAAGGGGCAAGAAAGGAGUGAUCUCGUCGCUGACAAGCGCCAAAAAAAUUUAAAGAAGUUGUGAAUUUGCAGUUUCAUGUUCAACUGGCAACAAUGCAUACUGCAAAGCCCAGGAUGGUGGUCCCAUAUGGCCUCAAGACUCUACUUGAAGGAGUGAGCAGGGCAGUUCUCAAAGCUAGUCCUUCCAACAUCACUGAGUUUGCUGCUGAGUAUUUCAAAGAACUUAUAGUUUUUCGAGAAGAACAUCCUAAUUUAGAUAUUAAAGAACUGGUGAGAGAAUUUCAUAUGACAAGAGUGGAGGGAUGGGCAGAAGGACCAGGAGCAGCAACACCGAUGCCCCGUUCUAAAAGGGCAGAUGUUGGAGAUGCAUUUCGGUCAGAUCUUGACACGAUUCCAAUUCAUGAUGAACCCAAACGGAAGGAGAAAUCGACUGACACAGAAGAGGAUCAGAUAAGCGAAGAGUCUCGUGAACUGAGCACCAAAACUACUCAAUUCCCAUCUGUUGUUGACGAAUUUGUUGAAAAGGUUGGGGACGACAAGGGAGCAGGACUCGCUUAUAUCCCAGCUGAUCCAGCUCAGCUAGCAUCACAAAUGCUAGGUAACGUUGAAACGAUGGGUGCUGAACCUGAGUUGAAGGAUGUGGCCAUCUCUGUGCAGACCCUCCCCACGUUGUCCCACACUGCCAGCGAGGCAAUGGCCGCGAUUGCAGUUGGUCAACUAGCUGCUCCGGAACCUGCCCCGGCACCUGCCCCAGAACCUGCCCCUGAGCUUGCCCCUGAGCCUGCCCCAGCAGAAGCAGAGCCUGCUGAAGAAGAAGCACCUGCCCCAGCAGAAGCAGAGCCUGCAGAAGCAGAACCUGCUGUGGCAGCAGCAGAACUUGCUGAGGCAGCAGCAGAACCUGCUGAGGUAGAAGCAGAACCUGCUGAGGCAGAAACAGAACCUGCUGAGGCAGAAACAGAACCUGCUGAGGCAGAAACAGAACCUGCUGAGGCAGAAACAGAACCUGCUGAGGCAGAAACAGAACCUGCUGAGGCAGAAACAGAACCUGCUGAGGCAGAAACAGAACCUGCCCCAGCGGAAGCAGAACCUGCCCCCGAGGAAGCAGAACUUGCCCCAGAGGAAGCAGAGCCUGCCCCAGAGGAAGCAGAGCCUGCCCCAACGGAAGCAGAACCCGCCCCAGAGGAAGGGGACGCUGCCCCAGAGGAAGCAGAAAUCAGAACUUCUGCAACUUCUCUCAGGGCUGGAUCAGUCACUCAAAGUCAGAGCUCCGUCCAGGAGGAAAUAGCUAUCUCGGGCAGCCUGGCGGAGCAGUCACCUGCUGACCUAGUAGAACAAGCUUCCUCAGAUCCCUUGCAGGAAGGAGAGCCACCCCCGCCGCUACCACCACCGCCUCCUGAUAAAGAUCUGUUUCAGGCAGAGGGUUGCCCAAGUGAAAUUGAGCUCACAUCAGACAUACACAUCAUAAAUGUGGGUGAUGAUGACCCCAGCGCUGGUGGAGAGCCUGUACCACCACCUUAUGUAGAGCAGUUUCCACAGCAGAUAGUCAUUCCUUUUGUAGACACAGUAGCCUGUCUCUUAGAUCCACUAACGGCUUCACUAAAUUCAGGCCAGUUUACUAGUAUUCUAGAUCCAUCUGCAGAUGAUGCAGAAUGUGACCCUGACAGAAUGGAUACUACAGAGCAACUGAAAUCAACUGACCCAGGUUUUAUUAUGUCAGUUGCCAUACCUCUAGAAGAUGUGAUGAAUGGGAAGAAUGGCUCAGGAGCUGGGGAUAAAGCAGCUUUUGCAGGCAGUUAUGGUAUAGCAGGAGAGAUCACAUUUACAACUGCCUCUGUACGCAGGACAGAAUAACAAAACGAUUGAGAAGAGGUGCUGUCCAACAUUUCACCCCAGAACGGAAAGCUGCAUCUUUAAUUUAAAAUUGAUUAACUAGUACAAGCAAUAAAGCAGUACAAGGAAUCUGAAUCUUAAAGACAUUUUUUCCCUAUGGCUUAAGACCGGUAGCCAAGUAGCAUAAAAUUAAAACCAGGAGUUUCCUUAUGUUGAUUUCCUGUACAAACUGAAAAUUUAAAAAUGACUGCUAGUAAAAAUGUGGACACCUUCAACAGAAAUAUGUUGUUAGAUCAUUUAUUAGAUUUGUGGAAAGUUUUGAAGCCUUGUCUGUAUAUAAUCUAUCAGUAAGAUGAGAGACAGAUCUACUUUGAAGCAGCAAAAUAGAAAACAGUAUUUCAAGAAUGAGAAAAAAACAACAACAGAUGGAACCAGAACACCCUUGCAGGCUCCUGAGCCACUCUCAAUGCCAUCCUUCCAACAUGGGGCCAAGAGACCAAAAACAAAAAUGGUUUUGCUUGUAAUCUACUGAGAGCAAAGAAUCAAACGGCACCUGUCACAGGACAGCUAAAGCCUUUAUUUAAUAGCAGUAAAUAUUCAGUUAACACUAUUUCCAAACCACAAUUAAAUUAUACAAGAGCAGCAAUCUCUCUGGAAGUUCUGUACUCUAUAUUGUACAAAUAUAUAAUUUCAUAAAGGUUAAAGCACCCCAAACAUAGGGGUAAAUUUGCUCUGUACAGUAGUGUCUCAACUGCUUUUGAAAUGUAGACACUUCCGUCUAGCGUUUGCUAUGACAGCAUAGACCCAGGCGCAUGUCUUUUCUUUGUAAUGUCAUGUAGUGCAGAACACUCCUUUGUGUGGGGAUAAGGACUCUGUGGCCUUCCCAGGGUUGAACUACAGCUCCCAUCAUUCUUGACCGCUCAACAUGCGAUCAGGGCUGAAGUCCAACAAUAUUCAGACAACCACUAGUCCCAUAUCAUAUAUUAGUGCACUCCAGGGUUUUUAAUAAAAUAAAUACUUUUUUAGUUCAAAUUAAUUUUUUAAAGAUUUAAAUGGCUCUUAAUUCCUUAAAGAUAGCAUAUUAAUAAAGCUUGAAAGAGAAA